GUCACCAAGAGAAGUGUCCAAAUGGGCGUUGGCCAUUCCUCCGUUUCACUUUCUCUCGACCCAAUUUCUAUCGCUGCUUUUACAGCAAAACCAAAACCAAAAACAAGCUGCUUUGUCAAUACCCACUGCAGAAGGUCUGUCUUUCCCACAAAAAGGGUCUCACUUUUUGUUGAUUUUAGUCUAAAAUUCGAAAGUUUGAAGUGCGGGACUGUAGCAGGGGAGAUGGAUACCGAAAAGGGGAUUGAUGUGGCAAACAAAUCCAUUCUUGAUUUUCAUGAUAUUGAUGAAAGGUUGAUUCGGAAGAUGGAAUUUGAUGCCCUUGUUUGGAGUUCUCUUCACGGUCUUGUUGUCGGGGAUAGAAAUUUUCAGAGAUCUGGUCAAGUACCUGGUGUGGGCAUGGUCCAUGCUCCAAUUGCUUUGUUGCCCAUGUCGUUUCCAAAAUCUCAUUGGAAGCAAGCAUGUGAACUAGCUCCAAUUUUCAACGAAUUAAUCGAUCGUAUAAGUCUAGAUGGAAAGUUUCUGCAAGACUCACUAUCAAGGACAAAAAAAGUAGAUGCUUUUACCUCUAGACUUUUAGAUAUUCAUUCCAAGAUGUUAGAAAUGAACAAGAAAGAGGAAAUACGCUUGGGUUUACAUCGAUCAGAUUACAUGCUUGAUGAGGAAACUAAGUUAUUCCUCCAAAUAGAGUUGAACACAAUUUCAUCUUCAUUUCCUGGUCUUGGUUGUCUUGUCACCGAGCUUCACAGGACCCUACUUAAUGAGUAUGGAGAAGACCUUGGAUUAGAUUCUAAAAAGAUUCCUAGCAACACUGCAGUUGGUCAGUUUUCUGAGGCAUUGGCUAAAGCUUGGACUGAGUAUAAUAACCCCAGGGCUGUAGUUUUGGUUGUUGUUCAAACUGAAGAACGCAAUAUGUAUGACCAGCAUUGGCUAUGUACAAUGUUGAAGGAAAGACAUAAUGUGAGAACCGUUAGGAAAACAUUGGCUGAAAUUGAUAGAGAAGGCCAGCUUUUACCAGAUGGCACACUUCUUGUAGAUGGCCAAGCAAUUGCAGUCGUCUAUUUUAGAGCAGGGUAUGCACCGACUGAUUAUCCUUCAGAAUCUGAGUGGAGAUCUAGGUUGCUAAUGGAGCAGUCCUCAGCUAUCAAGUGCCCAUCAAUAUCAUAUCAUUUGGCAGGAAGUAAGAAGAUCCAACAAGAACUUGCAAAACCUAAUAUACUUGAGAGGUUCCUUGAGAACAAAGAGGAUAUUGUCAAACUGCAGAAAUGUUUUGCCGGAUUGUGGAGUUUGGAUGACUUGGACAUCAUCAGAAAAGCAAUAGAUAAACCUGAGCUAUUUGUCAUGAAGCCCCAAAGAGAAGGAGGAGGAAACAAUAUCUAUGGUAAUGAUGUGAAGGAAACCCUUCUGCGAUUACAAAAGGAAGGGUCUGAAGAAGAUGCUGCUUAUAUACUUAUGCAGAGGAUUUUCCCGACUGUUUCUCCCACAAUUUUGAUGCGUGAUGGCAUUUGUCAUAAAGAACAUGCUAUAUCAGAGCUUGGUAUAUACAGUGCUUAUUUAAGGAACAAGGAGAAGGUUAUCAUGAAUGACCAAUGUGGUUACUUGAUGCGGACCAAGAUAGCAUCAUCAAAUGAAGGUGGGGUUGCAGCUGGAUUUGCGGUCUUAGAUAGCAUAUAUCUGACUUGAUGAACAAACUUCUUGAUUACCGUCUACAUGCGAAUAUUUAUUGUUGAUUUAUGUAACUGACACACUUGACUCAGUUUGGCAAAUCAAUCAAUGGUCCUCAUCUCUAGAAACAACUUGAAGUGCUUUUGCAAGUCGUUACACCAAUAAAAUCCACGGAUUUCGUUUUCUUUC